CACAGUUUGGGAAGCACAGAGUUAAUUAAAUUUUUACAAAUGUAAUUUCAUUCUGUUUGUUAAUGUUUUUAUUCAACAUUUGUGCUAUUUGCUUUUUGACUACCUGAAAGAUAUCUUUUCACAAGUUGGAUUUAGUUGGAUUCAUAUCUAAAUACUAUAAAAUCACAAUUAUAACAAAAAUAAGAUUUGAAUUGAAUAGGCCACACAUGAUAGUUUUUUUUCUUCUUGCACUUUUCACAUUCAGGGAGUAUGAGCCCAAGCCAGCAGCAGCAGCAUCUGAUUCAGAGGAAGAGGGAUCAGGGGAGGAUGAAGAAGUGUCAUUUACCGAUGUACAAGAAGUGCUCUCCAUUGAACAAGAAGACCCAGGACACUUUACUCUCCCCCCUCACUUAAGAUGUGCCUCGCACACACUUAAUUUGAUAUCAACUGUUGAUAUUGAAAAAUGGUUGACAGUGACAAACAAAACAAUUUACAGAAGUGCCACUGCAAAGUGCUCUGCCCUCUGGACUAAGGCCAGCCGGUCUACAGUAGCUGCAGAGCUAGUGGAAAGCCUUUGUGGAAAAAAGCUCAUGGUGCCUACAGUGACGAGAUGGAACUCUUUCCACAAUGCAGUUGCACGAAUAACUGAGAUAUCCAGACCACAGUUGACAACUCUCUGCAGUCAGUUAGGUGUACGAGUCUUUUCCGAGCGAGAGUACAAAUUCCUUGUAGAGUAUUGCACAGUCACAAAACCGCUUACAAAAGCUUUGGACUGUUUACAAGGGGAAAAUGAUUGUUAUUAUGGGAAUCUAUUACCGACACUGGAGUCUCUGAUGUCAAAGACCUUGGCAUUGCGUCCCGACCUCUCCGAGAUGAUGGCAAAUCUGCCUGAUGUCAUAGUGCAGGCCAUCAAAACCCGCUUUGCUACUGUUUUGGACAGUAGGGAGGGUCUCAUGGCUGCUGUCACUCUGCCGAAGUUCAAGAUGAGGUGGUUGAGGGAAGAGACCAGGAGAGAGGCCCUAAAGAAUCUGCUGAUAACAGAGUGUCGUGCUUCACCCCUGGCUGCCCCCCACAAUGAGGAGCAUGAGGUCAGGCCUCCACAGAUUAGUCCAGCAUCCAGCAGUAGUGAGGAUGACUUUUUUGUGUUUGAAGAAGAGCAGGAUUCAGGAUCUUUUGGCCCAGACAGGGAGGUCAUUGAGUACCUAAAGUCUGGGUCAGAGAUGGGGGUCCUAGACAACUUCCCCAGAAUUAAGAACUUAUCUUUAAAAUACAAUACAGCACCAGCAUCCAGUGCUCCAGUGGAGAGGCUAUUCAGCCUGGGAAGCCUUGUUCUCACUCCAAGGAGGAACAGGUUAGGAGACAAGCGCUUUGAGAGACUCCUCCUUAUGAGGUAUAACCACUACUUUGACAAAUAAGCUGACACAUUCAGAAGCUCAUAUUUUGCACCAGAAAAAUGCAUUACAGUAAAUGCCAACUGUAUUUUCCUUUUAUUUACUUUGAGUCUUCUGUAUUUGCUUUAACUCAUUUCAACAACCUACCUCUCCUCUGCACUGUGUUUUGCUUCUCAACAAUUUACCUCUCCUCUACACAGUGCUGGUAAGGCCAGUCUUUUAUGGAUAUAUUUUUUUGAGGAAGUUAAUUUUUUUUUUUUGUACUUGUUAAUCGACAAUCAAAUUGAUUGUUUGCACUAGACAGUGUUUGUUAAACAUUGAGGAAGUUAAUAUAUGUUUGGACUUGUUAUAAAUUGACAAUCAAAUUGAUUGUUUGCACUAGACAGUGUUUGUUAAAAAUUGAGGAAGUUCAUAUAUGUUUGGACUUGUUAUAAAUUGACAAUCAAAUUGAUUGUUUGCACUAGACAGUGUUUGUUAAACAUUGAGGAAGUUCAUAUAUGUUUGGACUUGUUAUAAAUUGACAAUCAAAUUGAUUGUUUGCACUAGACAGUGUUUGUUAAACAUUGAGGAAGUUCAUAUAUGUUUGGACUUGUUAUAAAUUGACAAUCAAAUUCAUUGAUUGUUUGCACCAGACGGUGUUUGUUAAACAUUGAGGAAGUUAAUACUUGUUUGUACUUGAUUGCACAAGUACGGUUGUUUGUAGUUAUUUGUGCUAGACAGUGCCAGUCUGUUGUUGGCGUAAUAAAGACCCUAAAGAACACUCCUCCUUUGUAUGUUCUCCCUCCAUCUGAUGCAU